GUGUUAUUCAUCUCACUACCAACAACAUAUUUGCAAGCAUUUUGAAACAAACAUCUGUAUCUCUACCUACUUGUUUCAGAUUGCUUCCAUGGGCAAAACUACAUUCAGAAAAAAGAUCAUAAUGGACCUCAAGGAGAAUAAAGUCAGUUGUAUUUUUUAAUCAAACAAGAUGAAUUAAGCAGCAGCCUCAUCAACAAAGAAAUCAAAAGCGUAUUCCCAACAGAGAAAGUAAUUUAUCAAGAACUCAGUUUAAAAGGUUAAUUAAUUAAAUAAGACGGGCUGCUUCUUUCAACAGUGGACACAUCCAAGAGAACAGGAUAUGACUGAAUAAAGUCUCCACUUCAAGCAAAACUCUUUUGAACCACAACCACCACACACUGGACAGAAACAACUUAACAGAUUAUAAAAUGCCACUUUUUAGCUGGAUGAAGUGGUCAAAAAGAGAAUCCCAUAAAUCCACACACUAUCCAGGCUCAGAUGUAGUAACAAAGACUCUGCUUCGGGAGCUGACAUGGCACCUAAAAGAACGUGAGAGAUUAAUACAGGAGAUUGAAAAUGAACAAAAAGUGAAAAAAACUGGUGUGGAUUACAACUGGCUAAAAAACUACCAGAAUCCCCAAGCAACCAUCCCAGCUACUGAACAAAGACAGCUUGAAGCUCUCUGCUCACAAGUUCAACCUUGCCAGACUGGGACUAUUCUCAGCAGAUUUCGAGAAGUUUUAGCAGAAAAUGAUGUUUUGCCGUGGGAAAUAGUCUACAUCUUCAAGCAAGUGUUAAGAGAUUUUCUAACCAAUGCAGAAAAACAAAGUCAACAAGAGGAACUGGAAGACACACAGACUACAAACUGUUCUGUCCACUUUGGAGUUCUAGGUGAAAGCACCAAGAAUUCAGACAAAGAAGAAAUUCCCACUAUUUCAAGUUACAUUGAUAAAAACACAAAAAAUAUGUUCCCUGCAUUCUCACAGAGAAUAUGGAAUCUGCCAUAUUACUAUCCAUCAACUUAAGUGAUUCAUCAUCCCUCAACUAUUUAUUUGUACAGUUUCAAACUUAAACCUACAACAUGAAAUAUAACCUAGAAAUGAGAAAAUUGAUGAUUUCAUGUUUCCCUUUGUUGCCAGGUAAAAAGUUUACAGUUUUUAUGGAUGUCCUUAUAUUUUCUAUAAUUAGAACUAUCCUUAGUUACUGUGCAAAAGAAGUUUUCAUUUAGCAGUAACAUUUAACUGUUAUCGUAGCUCUCUUAAGUAAAUGUCUGAAACAUUUCCCUGUUUUUACAAUAGCUCUAGCAUAUACUACAGAAAACAAACCAAUUUUAUGUACUUGGAAUGUAACCAACACUUUGUAAAAUGUGGAUAGCAAGGACAAUUUUUUUUAAAUAGUACACGUAGAAUAAAAUGCAUGCUUUCAAGUUAUCAAUUGUACUCACAACAUAACAAUUAUCUGAAACACAAGCAGCAUCCUGAAAUGCAUAUAUAAUCUCCAGAUUAACUGAAGGAAAUGGUCUGGGUUUUAACCAUGUUAAUAGUUGGCAGUCUCCUAGAACAAAAAUCACACACUACUUAACUUCAAAUAGGCUUCCCUCUCAGCUCAAAGUGUAAAAAUAACCUGACAACCUUUAAGAUUAUAAUUCAGAGAUUCACAAUAAUUCUAUGAAAAAAUGAAAAAGACUCAUGAAUCCUAACCAUUCAAGAAGGUGAGUACCCAAGAGACAGACUUUACACAAGGCCCUUAAGGUCAGCAAAAAUGAAGAAAAUUAAAAUUUGAAUUCUAUCUCUAAAUAAACAUACAAAAAAAGAAUUAAAUCCCAAAAUUAAGACCUCUGUACAGACAGGGGCAAAUGCAUAAGCUCCAGUUUCUCCCUCACCAAAUUUCUUUUAAAAUUUUUGGUUUUACUUGAAUUAAAUCUCAAACCCAGUAAUAGCAGUAAAUGUCCACAAGGGCAGGCCUUAAUAAAAAUCAA